CACCAAUCACAAUGGCAAUGGAAAACUCAGAGACAGAAAGGAGCAGCAUAUUGGAGAGGAGGGCGACCUGAAUAUUGAGAACACAGAAAAUACAUUUUCAUGGCUAAAACAAUGAGCAUGAAAGUUGCUGUUGCUCUUUUAGCAAUAGUUAUCGGAGGAGUAGCAUUCCAAAGCGCAGAGGCCGUAGUUCAUGUGGUAGGAGAUGCUUUGGGGUGGCAAAACCCUCCUAACUCCACUUACUACGCUGAGUGGGCUGCCGCUCGCAACUUCACCAUUGGUGACUCUCUCGUUUUCAACUUCGCCACAGGAGCACACAAUGUGGCCACAGUAACACUGGAUGAUUACAGUGACUGUGACACAGACAGUUCUCUUAAUCUUCGUAACAGUGGUCCGGCUACCAUCAAUCUUACUGCCAAUGGCAUGCAAUAUUAUAUUUGUACCUUUUCUGGCCACUGCUCAAGAGGCCAAAAAUUAGCUAUUAACGUUGUUGGCACUGGCACCACCACUCCUUCUACCCCCUCGCCGCCUGGCACCACUCCUUCUACCCCCUCACCACCCGGCACCACAGUCACUCCACCACCACCACCACCACCAUCUACCGACUCUGCCGCAAGUGUUGCUUCUAAUGUUGCUUUGAUGAUGCUUAUGUCCUUAGUCGUGGUUUUCAUGUGAUAAAUUUUGGUUAGGCGGAGACAAUGUCCAUUUUUAUGUGGGAUUGGUGUAAUAAAUUUUGUGGAUCAUAAUACGUAGAUAAUUAUUCAUUUGAUGAUUACUGAUCGAUUGAUACUUGUACUUGUAUUUGAAUAAAAUAUUUUGACUUCUUGCUUUUUUCCCAGUAAA